AUUAUCUCAUUCUCUGAUAGGCUAUCUUUUUAUCUUCACCUGCCACCCCCGCUGUUUCAUGAAGAAUCCUCCGCAGUGGGAAAUUUGUUCAGGCGACUACUGUAGCCACCCUCCGCCUCCUCCGGCCUUUGCCCCUGUUAGGUCCCCGGGGGCCUGGGAGUGUCAUUGGCGGAUGACCGCAAUUCUUGCCGCCGCCGUUGACAUCGCGACCAUGGUCUCCGGCAGCAGCGGCUUGGCCGCCGCCCGCCUCCUGUCGCGCAGCUUCCUCCUGCCACAGAAUGGAAUUCGGCAUUGUUCCUAUACAGCUUCUCGGAAACAUCUCUACGUUGAUAAAAAUACCAAGAUUAUUUGCCAGGGUUUCACUGGCAAACAGGGCACCUUUCACAGCCAGCAGGCAUUGGACUAUGGCACCAAACUUGUUGGAGGAACCACUCCAGGGAAAGGAGGCCAGACGCAUCUGGGCCUACCAGUCUUUAACACCGUGAAGGAGGCCAAAGAACAGACAGGAGCAACAGCUUCUGUCAUUUACGUUCCUCCACCUUUUGCUGCGGCUGCUAUUAAUGAAGCUAUUGAGGCGGAAAUUCCCUUGGUUGUAUGUAUCACUGAAGGUAUCCCGCAGCAGGACAUGGUACGAGUUAAGCACAGAUUGCUGCACCAGGGAAAGACAAGGCUAAUUGGGCCCAACUGCCCUGGAGUCAUCAAUCCUGGAGAAUGUAAAAUUGGCAUCAUGCCUGGUCAUAUUCACAAAAAAGGAAGGAUUGGCAUUGUGUCCAGAUCUGGCACCCUGACUUAUGAAGCGGUCCACCAAACAACGCAGGUUGGAUUGGGGCAGUCUUUGUGCGUUGGCAUUGGAGGUGAUCCUUUUAAUGGAACAGAUUUUAUUGACUGCCUUGAAAUCUUUUUGAACGAUUCUGCCACAGAAGGCAUCAUAUUGAUUGGUGAAAUUGGUGGGAAUGCCGAAGAGAAUGCUGCAGAAUUUUUGAAGCAACAUAAUUCAGGUCCAAAUUCCAAACCUGUAGUGUCCUUCAUUGCUGGUUUAACUGCUCCUCCUGGGAGGCGAAUGGGUCAUGCAGGAGCAAUUAUUGCUGGAGGAAAAGGUGGAGCUAAAGAGAAGAUCUCUGCCCUUCAGAGUGCAGGAGUUGUGGUCAGUAUGUCUCCUGCACAGCUGGGAACCACCAUCUACAAGGUGAGCUCCAACAGUGGCCCAAGUGCUGUGAGGUUGCAGGUUUUCUCUGUGUGUGGCCACACUGGGUACUUGGAAAUCAUGGCCUUUGCUUCUGGAACUUAAUUGGUUUUCUGAUGUGCAGCUUAAUAGUUUUUUUUUAAUCAACUCUGUUAAUGUCCUAGUGUCCUAAUUGAGCAUGACCAGGAGUAAUAUUCUGAUUUUAAAGCUUUCUUCUUUAAACAUUGGGAUUUAUAUUUUUGUAAAUGACAAGCUGUAACAUACAAAAAAGCAUCUUAAAGAUUGUAUGUGUCAUGAUUUCCAUUUUGAGGGUUUGGGAGGUAGCAGAGAACUGCUUUAUGUUUUGUUACUUGUUUUUUCCUUUGUGAUACAGCCACCCUGGCCCCAUAGGUUUCUGUUUCUAGGAAGAAAGGGUUGAAGGCUGAAUAACAAGAAAUGGAAACUGGAUGAAGAAGGAGUUGGGAUGGAAGGGGAUCUAAAGAGGAUGGGGCGAUUGGUCCUGGCUGUGUUGUGAUACCAU